AGUAAGUUUAGUACGUAGUGUGCCCUGCUCUCGUAAAAUCUAUGGAUCGGGGGCUUAUCAAAUCCCGAUAUCAGCAGAAGAACCGCCCGCCAUUCCUCUCUUUCAUACGAGACUAUUAGCUGCAAUUUAGAAAGCCUAGUAAAGCCGCAAUUUCCAUAACAAGCCUGACGCCCGACAGAAAAUAUCACCGUCGAUCCUCGUGCACAGAACAAAGCCAUGACCUAUCUGGAAGAACGUACGACGGCCAACCAUUCUAGGAGAGAGAAGCCAAGAGGGCACCCCCACCAUGGUUUAACACAACAGAAAAGGCAAGAAAUAAGGGAAUGCUUUGAGCUCUUUGAUACAGACAACUCUGGCACAAUCGAUGCCAAGGAGCUGAAUGUUGCCAUGAGGGCUCUGGGUUUUGAAGCAACUGAAGAGGAAAUCGAAAGCAUGAUUGCAGAAGUUGACAAGGAUGGGAGCGGAGCAAUUGAUUUUGAAGAGUUUGAGCAUAUGAUGACAAACAAAUUUGGAGAAAGAAAUACUAAAGAAGAACUCGCGAAAGCAUUCAGCAUUAUUGAUAAAGAUAAAAACGGGAAAAUAUCUGCUGCAGACAUUAAGAAAGUAUCCAGGGAUUUGGGUGAGAAUCUCAGUGAUGCGGAGAUAAAAGUGAUGAUAGAGGGAGCAGAUCGAGAUGGUGAUGGAGAGGUUACAGUAGAGGAUUUCAUGGCAAUGAUGGGAAGGACUUCCUUUGGGCAUUAAGAUUUAUAGCUUUCUGCCUGAAACUUCAUGUGCUUUGAUUUAUGUAUGUACUUCUUAUACUGGCUGUGGUUUGUGUCUACAAGAGUUUUUAUCAUUUUUAGUCCUCCAAUUAUUAUAUUAUAUUGGUGACACUGACACUUGAUAGUUGAUACUCAAUUUUAAAUUUAUCCUUUUAUGAUCUUUCAACUAUCGUCUGAAUGACACUUUUGGAGUUUUGAUACCUAUCUUUGAA